AUGGCAGGCGGCAAGGGAAAGUCUUCGGGCGGCAAGAGUUCUGGUGGGAAGACAUCGGGCGAGGGGCCCAAAAAGCAACAAUCGCACUCUGCUCGCGCAGGACUUCAGUUCCCAUGUGGUCGUGUCAAGCGUUUUCUGAAGCAAAACACUCAGAACAAGAUGCGCGUUGGCGCCAAGGCUGCUGUAUACGUCACCGCCGUUCUUGAAUACUUGACCGCGGAGGUUUUGGAGCUCGCGGGGAACGCCGCGAAGGAUCUAAAGGUCAAGAGAAUCACUCCCCGUCACCUACAGCUUGCCAUUCGUGGUGACGAGGAGCUGGACACACUUAUCCGUGCGACGAUUGCGUUUGGUGGCGUACUGCCACACAUCAACCGGGCGCUGCUGCUCAAAGUAGAACAGAAGAAGAAGAACAAGCAGAUCGAGGCCUAA